UUGCGUAUAAUCACGAUCAGUGUGUUUCAAGACGCGCACAACUACGAAUUGCCACGACCGUCCGUCGCUGCAGCAUAUACAAUAUCAAUCUGAACAGUGAACACGAUGAGAACGUACGCUCUCCUAUGGCCCUUGGCCGCAUUCCUAGUGACCCGGACCUCCGGGUCGGCCAUUCCGAUGUGGGAAUUCCUCAGUCGAGGAGAAAAGAUGAGCCACUUGUUCAACAUGUUCGUGAAACAAGUAGCCGACUAUUGCGAUUCAUCAUCGAUGCCAGACUGUAAUAAAGUUUUAUUGAUUUAUGGUUUAACCAAUUUGGCAAAAAUGGGAGAUGAUAGCUUAGACAAAAUGGACCCUUAUCAAAGAGGAUCGAGAAUAAUGAUAUGGGAAUCUAUGAUGAAAGGAGGUUUCUUUACUUCUCAAACAACUGACAAAUCGGAACAAGAGCUCAAUGACCCAUUAGAAACUAGUGGCGGAAAUGAUUUGGGUUCUGCGUCGAAUAACGUCGAAGAAAUAGCUACUCCACCAGGCGGUUAUAUCAUCGGGCCAAUGGUUGUAAGAGUAAUGCCUGAUGGUCGGCCAGUACCUGGUGACUCUCAGAGGCCUCUGCCCAAAGACGAAGACGCAGAAGAAUUUAUAGCUAUGCGAUCCAAACCUAUGCCUUCCAUGAAUGAUAUGCUAGUCAAAGAAAACAAGCAACACAAAACAGGCCUUCUGUGAGACCAUUUAGGUAUAAGCUUAAACCGAUAAACUGAUACUUCCAAUAAUGCGUCCUCAGCAACUUGGUACAGUUUCAGAUAUCAUAUUUAUUUAUUAUUUUAAUUUAUUUGCGACAAAUUGCAACUUUAGCUUUUCUUUUAAGUACAAUAUUUUUUAUGUAUUGUUACGAUAAAAUACUUCAUCUUGUAAAAUUCUAUUUCGUCUUUUAUAAUUAUUAUUAUUUUAUUUUUUAAUUAGGUUUAAACACGUUUCAGGGUCCUAAAUAAUUGUGAAUACAAUUUUUUUUUAUUUUUAAAUUUUUUUAUUUUUUAGAGUGAUAUACUAUUAUUUAUUAUUUUGAAAUCAUUUUAAUUUAUUUGUAAAUAGUACUGUUAGGUACCAUUGUUGUGAUAUUUAUAUGUUGAAAAUUAAGUAAACAUUUUGAUAAAAA